AUGAGCAAAAGGAACCAGGUUUCCUAUGUGCGGCCGGCCGAGCCCGCCUUUCUCAGCCGCUUCAAGCGGCAGGUCGGGUAUCGGGAGGGGCCCACGGUGGAAACCAAGAGAGAGCAGCUUCCACCUGCAGAUGAUGACAGUGAGAACGGCAGUGACAACGAAGAUGAGCAGCCUCAAGUGGUAACACUGAAAAAAGGGGACUUGACUGCUGAAGAAGCAAUGAAAAUUAAGCAGCAAAUCAAAGAGGCCUCAAAGUCAGACAAAUCAGGUGCUGAACCAGAACCAGAGCCUGCUGAUGGAAAAAUUAUGUUCAGGAAGCCAGCCAAACGGGUAUCAGAGAAGUCUUUGGACUUCAAUGUAAGUUCAAGUAAGAAGAUGAAAGAGGCAAAGAAAACUAAGAGAGAGGCAACUACUUCUCAGAGUACAGCUAAGCAAAUAAAAAAUAGUAGUCUUCUCUCAUUUGAUGAUGAGGAAAAUGAUGAUUAG